GAGACAGAUAUACACACGGAGAGAGAGAGACAGACACACAGACACAGACGGACAGACAGACGGACUGUCGGUGGAUCACGGAGCCUCCGCGGCCGCCUCUGAGCUGCAGCAGACCGGGCAGACACGGAGAGCAGACCGGGCAGACACGGAGAGCCAUGGCCGCUGAAGACAGCCGAUCCACGGCCUGCACCGGCUCCAGCCUCCUGCAGCCGGUCAGCGAGAUCACCAACCUCCCGCUGGAUCAGGUGAACUUUGUGGUGUGCCAGCUCUGUGCGUUGCUGUCGGCCUUCUGGUUUCGUCUCUUCCUCCAUCCCAGUAAAACCAGUCCCUUCAUCAGACACGCCGUGGCCACUUUACUGGGACUCUACUUCGCUCUCUUCUGCUUCGGCUGGUACGCCCUUCACUUCCUGGUUCAGAGUGGACUCACCUACGGCGUCAUGAUCCUGACCGGAGUUGAACACAUGCACAAGUACUGCCUCCUGGUGGCUCUCAGCUACCUGAGUCUGUGUCAGAUCACUCGGGUUUACGUCUUCGACUACGGCAUGUACUCUGCUGACUUCACAGGCCCCAUGAUGGUGAUAACCCAGAAGAUCACCAGCCUGGCGUUUGAAAUCCACGACGGAAUGGCACGAAAAGAAGAACAUCUGACUCCGGGACAGAAGAUUUUGGCCAUAAGGAGGAUGCCCAGUCUGCUGGAGUACUUUAGCUAUAACUGCAACUUUUUGGGGAUCCUGGCGGGACCGACCUGUUCCUACAAUGACUACAUCGCCUUCAUCGAGGGGGACCCCCGUCGCCAUAGAGACCAGGAGGCCGACAGGAAGUCCAACUGCAAGCUGAGGCAGAGCGAGCCUUCGCCAAACACGGAGGUGGUGCGUAAAGUGGCCACCUCGUUCUUCUGCCUGCUGGUCUUUCUGUCGGUGUGUAAAGUUUUCCCCGUGGAGCGAAACAUCGACGACGACUUCAUCGCCAACACGCCGUUCUACACUCGGUUGGUGUACCUGUACCUGUCCAUGCUGACCACCAGACCCAAGUACUACUUCGUCUGGACGCUCGCUGACGCCAUCAACAACGCCGCCGGCUUCGGCUUCAACGGCUACGCCAGCGACGGCUCUCCUCGCUGGGACCUCAUCUCCAACCUGAGGAUCCUGAACAUCGAGCUGGCCACCAGCUUCAAAGUUUUCCUCGACAACUGGAACAUCCAGACGGCUCACUGGCUCAAAAGGGUGUGUUAUGAGCGAUGUCCCUACCACCCGACAGCAGCCACCUUCAUCCUGUCGGCCAUGUGGCACGGAGCGUAUCCGGGCUACUACCUCACCUUCCUCACCGGCAUCGUCAUCACGCUGGCUGCUAGAGCGGUGCGACACAAUGUUCGGCCACACUUCCUGCAGUCACCCAGCCAUAAAAUGGUCUACGAUGUCAUCACGUGGGCGGCCACUCAGAUCGCCAUCUGUUACACGGUGGUGCCUUUCGUCCUGCUGUCCGUGGGUCCAUCCAUCAAGUUUUACAGGUCCUGGUACUUCAGCCUCCAUAUCGGCUGCGUUCUGCUGGCCGUGGCGUUGCCGGUCAAACCAAGACACCUCCGCCUCAAAGACCAGCAGAGGAGCCUUCUCCAGGAGCCCGCCCAGCGCCCCCUGCAGGCUUCAGACAGCAGCUGCAGCCCGAAGGAAAAGACCACAUGAGACAGAGGACGAAAAGAACGACCGAGAACAACAUUUUAUUUCCAUAAACUUGUGUAGAAAGACUAGGAGCCGAAGCAUAUCAAAAAGGACCUUCCUUUCUGUCUCGGGGUGCAGAAACACGACGGUCACGACAGCAAGUUAAAUACUGUAUUAUUUGGAUUCGCAGUACGACCGGUACGAAAACAGGCCGUGAGUUUUUCAAGGCCGACGUUGUACUUGAUGAAAUGUUUGCCCUAUUACGUUACAAGGAAGUUCGACUGCCACGAUAGGAUUUGGACUCAAACUU